GAUUUGAAAGGUUUAUUUCCAAACGGUCUGCAACCAGUCGUAACUCAAUUCCAGUUAUAUUACUUGUAAAUUGAGUCAUAUUUAUCCUAAACAUAUCCAAUCAAUGGCACAAUUAACUCAAAACGCACUGACUUUUAAAAUACUAAUACUGGGAGACAGUAAUGUCGGCAAAACAUGUAUUGUCCACCGAUUUUGUGAUGAAAACUUCAUCGAUGGCUAUAUAUCUACUAUUGGAAUCGAUUUCAAGCAAAAAUUAAUUAAAUUAAAUGAUAUUCCUAUUAAGUUACAAAUUUGGGAUUCUGCGGGUCAGGAGAGGUUCCGUACUCUUACCACUGCUUACUAUAGGGGAGCCAUGGGAAUCAUAUUGAUGUAUGACGUGACUAAUACCGACUCAUUCAAACACAUUCCCUAUUGGUUUCACAACAUAGAAGAGUAG